GGCACAGGUAUAGUGGUGUCCGGGGUACUCUUGGCUUCACGGAACAUAUAUGGCCUUUCGGCCUUUGGCCAGAAUUGAAACGCCACCCCAGCGGUAACCUCCUCUUUGCGCUAUAACGCUCAAUUCAGUCUUCAAUUCACUCCCAAAGAACAAUAUCAUCUACCAAGUUGGCAAAACAUGUCAAAUUCCAAUAUGUCAAAUAUAAUGAAACAGACAUUUAGUCUUUGCCCCGCGUAAGUUGGUACUACAUAGUUGUCAUCGUAUACUCAUCGUCUUAUUAUGCAGCAACGGUCGUCAAACCGUUGGAGAUGGGGCAUUCUCUUCCGACAUGACUCCCAGUGUACUUGCUGUGUGCCACAUGCAGGGCACCGACGACAUGUACUAUUACUCUACUACGUUCUCUGGCGGACCCGGAUGGCGGUUUUGACGCUCCCAAAUCAAAAUGCCCUCCGGAUAGAGGGUCGUCGGACUGUGUGACAGGCAGUCUGGCGUCUAUGAUUUCCGCUUCUCCCGAUUCUAACACAUCUUCAUCUUCUCUGGAUUCGUUCUCUCCAAAAUAUCUUGUGCAUCCGCCCGACUUUUCUAGUCAUUCCAUUGACAUCACGCCGAGAGGCCACCAUACGAAUGUCGCUCCGCGAGCCAUUCCCCGUCGUUCUUCUUCGCCUUACGAUAUUGCAACUCCUCCUUUGACACCCGACAGUGAUGCGGAAGAAAGAAAGGGUGAAUCUGGUAUAACUACAAAGCAUUCGAAAGAUGCCUUGGAUCUUCUUUUGAACAUCUUUCCUCGUAACGGAUUGAGCAUUUUGCCCUUUGCUAAGAGCGUCACUGUGACCGCACCUAAUAUGGGAGCUGCUUUUGAAGGCGUCGUGGUUGAAUUACCAGGCAAACCCAAGACGUUGUACGUUGACGGUAAGAAUGCCGAGUCGGUUAGCUUGAGAGAAAGCAUCGUUGCCCUACUCGACCUCGCCGAUGAGCACCUUGAAUGUUCGGCUUUGAUAAUCGCUUUAGACAAAUCAUCGCAGGCAUUGGGGGAACUUCUUCAUUCACUCAUGUAUGUUGGAGGAAAUGUUGUUACUAAACCUCCCUUCCAGGUUGACCCGGCCUGCUUGCUCGUUGGUUUGGAGAUUUAGUGUGCGAGUGGUUUGGGAAUGUUGCUUGCAAAUGUUGCCGCGGAUGAUGCUAAAUUUAUCUUGAACACAUGUUUCUUAUGAUUUUUUUCUUCAAUAAAGGAUGCUUUUUGAGUGUCUUCC